GAUUGGGUGUCACUGGGUCAACACGCCCAUUGCGUUUCAGAUUUUGCCCUGUUCCCACACCAUAACUCAAAUACUUUUUGUUGAAAGCCAUAAACCAAUCGUUCAUCAUCAUUGAUCCCCAUCCUGUUUACGGACAAAGAUUCCCACGAAUUAUCAAAAUCCGAAGAACCUGUUCCAAAGGAAAAUAAACUACUUCUCAGAUAUACACUCGAGGAAGUUUUCUUCUAUGGCCUAGUAUUUGAAACCUCAGAAAGCCAUGGACAAGUCGAAGAGUUUCAUUCAGCAUCUCAUCAAGCCCUUCAAAAUCAAAUCAAGCAAAGACAGAAAAAAUGAAGAAGAUUUGGAGAGGAUUGCUCGACAGGAGCAGAAGCUAUUUCCAUAUGAGACCUUAGUUGCAGCCACUAAAGAUUUUCACCCAACUCACAAGCUCGGCCAAGGUGGAUUUGGACCCGUUUACAAGGGGAAGUUGAAUGAUGGAAGGGAGAUUGCCGUGAAGAAGCUCUCACACAGCUCAAACCAAGGGAUGAAAGAAUUUAUGAAUGAAGCUAAGUUGUUGGCACGUGUUCAACAUCGGAAUGUUGUGAAUUUGUUGGGGUAUUGCGUUCAUGGGGAGGAGAAGCUACUCGUUUAUGAGUAUGUCUCUAAUGAGAGCCUCGACAAAUUUAUAUUCAAAUCCAACAGAAGAGAGGAACUUGAUUGGAAGCGGAGGUUCGACAUAAUUGCAGGCAUUGCACGGGGCUUGCUUUACCUUCAUGAAGACUCGCAUAAUUGCAUCAUCCACCGAGACAUCAAGGCCAGCAACGUUUUACUUGAUGAUAAGUGGGUUCCUAAGAUUGCUGAUUUUGGCAUGGCCCGCCUCUUCCCAGAAGAUGAAACGCAUGUCAACACCCGUGUGGCCGGCACCAACGGAUAUAUGGCUCCAGAGUAUGUCAUGCAUGGAAAUCUGUCGGUAAAGGCUGAUGUAUUCAGUUUCGGGGUUCUGGUUUUAGAGCUAAUCAGCGGGCAGAGGAACUCCUCGCUCAGCUUUAAUGUGGAUGCACAGAAUCUACUUGACUGGGCAUACAAGCUUUUUAAGAAAGGUAGGAGCUUGGAGCUCAUGGACCCCACGUUAGCAUCAUCUGCAGCCACAGAGCAAGUAGCAAUGUGCAUUCAACUAGGGCUGCUAUGCACACAAGGCGAUCCGCAACUACGACCCACCAUGCGUCGUGUGGUGGUGAUGCUAUCAAAGAAACAUGUCAAUAUGGAAGAACCCUCGAGACCAGGAGUGCCGGGAUCUCGGUACCGAAGAUCCCGGAGGCCUCCUGGAAUGUCUUCCUCCGUAGGAACUUCCGGGGAAUCAGAUACACAUACUUCUGACUCCACCACUAAUACCAACAGCGCAACGGCAACCAGUUCGGCUACCCCUAGAUUUGACCCUCAUGGGAAACGUCCGAUGCUAAGUUAGUCCAAAAGGAAUAGGAGAUUUUGUUAAUUCUUUGUGCAUUAUAUAUGUUUAUAUCUGGUCUGUUUAUAUUUAUAUCUUAUCUUAUAGUGGGAAUUUUGUUUUGUUUUUUUUUUUAUUACAGAAGAAUGGAAACAAGCUUGGCGUGAGCUUCUGCCAUGUUUCCUUCAUUUGUACUUGUGGUUAUAUUAUAUAUGAAAGUUGGUGAGAAAUGAGAUGAUUCUUUC